GGUUACCGCGUGUGUUACCACGAAAAAGAUUUCGUUGGUGGAAGAUCAAUUGCUAGCAACAUCGUUGAAGCGAUUGCCUGCAGCAAGAGAGUUGUUUGUCUCAUGACGGUCCAUUUCAUCAACAGUUCAUACUGCAUGUUUGAAUUCAGAACCUCGCUGCAAAGAAAUGUUCAACUGAACCGUGAAAGAUUGAUCGCCAUAUUGGAUGAUUCGUUA